UGCAUGCUUCCCUUUCUUUUAAAUACAUAUAUUCAUACAUAUAAAUAUAUGUAUAUUUAUACACCCAUUUUUUGUUUGACUAGUAAAAAUGAAGAUUUGCGUAAUCUGUAAUAGUCAAGAAAUCACACUUGACGAAAGAUUAGAAUGGACCUCUUGUGAUUUUUGUCAAGGUUGGAUUCACUCGGAAUGUCUUACUACAACAACCGAAAAUACAGAUCAGAAAAAUAAAUUUUAUUGUUUGCAAUGUAUAAAACUACUUGAAAUGACUGCAUAUAAGCAGCAGCCAGAAGCACAAAGCCAAAAUCAGGCACAAAAGACCAGUGCUUAUGUGGAAGUUAAAAACUGUAAAGAGGAGACAUCACUAUCAUCGGAAAAUAAAAAAAUAAAUGGACUCAACUACUCUCCAGCAAGUCUUUUAGAAAAGAUAAAUUUAAACGUUAUGAAGACGUCAAUAUUGACCUCUUACGUUCUACAGGUUUUCGAAAACCAUUUGUGAUUGAAAAAAAAGAGGAAACAACUUUUGUUGCAUUAGAUAUGAAGAUGCCUUCUAGUGAUAUUACUGUUCAUGAUAUCGCAGGCUUAGUUGGAGGAUAUGAUGUUCAUGUAGAUGUUAUUGAUGUAGAGU